GGAUAAGAGCAGCAGCUGCAGCUCAGACAACAGGCUCCACGUCUAAGGAUAUACAGCCCCUGUAGUGGACACGCAUCUUCCCCCCCCGUUCUUUGGAGACUAAACCCACAGGUUUAGCUUCUGAAGAUGGACAUUAGGGUGACAAGUGUUCUCCUUGUCCUCUUGGCCGUGGUGGAGGCAACACCAGAGAGAUACUACCAUGUGCAGAAAGUAGCCAAGCAUGCUUACCCCACCAAGACUCAGACUGUGGCAGGUGAGCCUGGCGCUCCAGGUGCCCCAGGUGAACCCGGACCAAUGGGCCCACCUGGACCUUCUGGGAAGAGUGGUGUGGGACACCCUGGACCAAAGGGUCCACCUGGCCCCGCUGGACCAGCCGGCUAUUCUUCCUCUGGUAAGCCUGGCAACCCAGGUGGUCCUGGAAAACCAGGUAGCAACGGCAUGCCUGGAGAGAAAGGCCAUACUGGGGCAACUGGAGCUAUGGGUCCAAGAGGAUCACCUGGCUCACCAGGAAGUCCUGGACCAGCUGGACUCUCCUCCGUGGGCAAACCUGGCCCACACGGCUUACCUGGAGGAAUGGGGCCAAGAGGUGAGCCCGGACUGAAAGGACAUCCAGGUAUUCCAGGUCUGCCAGGCCAGAAGGGUGAGACAGGACACGGUAUCCCUGGAGCGAAUGGCGCGAGAGGACCAGUGGGACCAAUGGGUCCUUCUGGUCAGCCUGGUCAGCCUGGCAUUGGUAAAUCUGGUGCACCUGGGUACCCUGGGGAACCUGGGAAGAGUGGCGCACCUGGUAGAGAUGGAGUUCCAGGAUCUAUGGGUAUGCAAGGGCCAAAGGGCCACACUGGGGCCCCUGGGGUGGGAGCACCAGGAAAGCCAGGUGAGAAUGGUACCCCUGGUGUGCCCGGAGGUAUGGGAGUUAAAGGUCCCCAGGGACCCGCUGGGCAGCCUGGUUCACCUGGCAUGCCAGGUGUUGGAAAAUCAGGUACUCCUGGGCACCCAGGUGACAGAGGCGCUCCAGGUACAUCAGGAACCACUGGUCAGAAGGGAGAGCCAGGCCCAACAGGUUUUACUGGUCAGCCAGGUGCUACUGGGUCUAUGGGCCCUGCUGGUCCACAGGGAGCUAGAGGUUUCCAGGGAGAGUCAGGUGUGCAGGGACCUAAAGGUGAUAUUGGCCUGAUGGGAGCCCCAGGGGCAAAGGGAACCAAGGGUGACCAGGGAGCUCAGGGUUACUCAGGUAAAUCAGGUAUCCCAGGUGCAGGGGGCCCUGCAGGCGCAAGAGGUGCUACCGGGCCUCAGGGCAACAAGGGUGAGCAGGGUCAUACCGGCGCUACAGGUAUUCCAGGCGCAAUGGGCAUACCAGGAGCAAAGGGACACACUGGUGCCCCUGGCCUUCCAGGGCAGAGAGGUGAUAACGGCAUCCCAGGGGCGAUGGGACGAGUCGGGCCAUCAGGUCCAUCCGGUCCACCAGGCACUAAGGGCCAUCAAGGUCACCCAGGGCCCCCUGGGCCGGCUGGGGCCAUGGCCAAGGGAAUCUCUGGUCCCCAGGGUCCACCUGGAGCUCCUGGGUCAAGAGGUAAUGAUGGUACCCCCGGCCCUUCCGGUCCUCCAGGUCCACCCGGUCCCCCAGGUGAAAUGGUCUAUCAUCACGAGAAGAGCAUGCCCAUGAAAUCCCAUGAGAUCGUAAUGCCUCACCAUGAGAUGAUGAAGGCACCUAUGUCGGCCUUUAGUGCUGUUCUGACUAGGGCUUACCCCACAGCUGGGGCACCUAUUCAGUUUGACCAGAUUCUGUACAAUGGGGAGCACCACUAUGAUCCUCACAGUGGCAUGUUCACCUGCCAGGUUCCAGGCCUUUACUUCUUCUCUUAUCAUAUGCAUGUCAAUGGUGCUAACGCAUUGGUGGCCCUCUACAAAAAUGAAGAGCCAAUUAUGUUCUCUUACGAUGAGUACAACAAGGGCUUCCUGGAUCAGUUGUCUGGGAGCACUGUGCUCAUGCUGCAGGCCCAUGACACAGUCUACAUCCAGGUUCCUGAUGAGGAGACCAAUGGCAUAUUUGCAGCAGAUAAUGUUCACUGCUCUUUCUCUGGCUUCCUGAUUGCCUCGACGUGAUAACUGACUAAACAAAACUUCCAAAUUAACAAAAACCAAAAACAACUUCUUACAAAUAAUCCUGUUUACAACUGGCAAAGAGUUUGGGUUGUAGAAUAAAAGCAAAUGAACAAAAUAUUCUACAAGUUUUUUCUCAUGCACAACUGCAAAAGAAACAUAUUAUAUUUUUUUGCCCAAAAAUUGCACAAGCAGAGGCAGUCAGGCCCAGUCAUAAACGGAUGGUUUGAAUUUAGUAAUUUUUAUCUUUAUUCCCUUUUUUUAUGUGUAUUAAGGAGUUUUAAUACACGUCAAAGGUUUUAACAUAAAUCAAAUGGUGCUCUAAACUGCAUGUAACAUUUACAGCAGAUAUUUUGUUUUCAUUGUGUUUAAUAAAUGUCUCGUGUCUGAAAGGUUUCACCUGUAAUAUAUCUGCAAAAUAACUCAUGCUUUUGCUUUUGUGCUGUUGGUAAAACAAACAAAAUGUCAAAAUAUAUCCCUGAGGAUUCAGUAUGAUAUGUACAACUUAUUGACCGAAACAAAGAAUUAAAGUCUUGAUUCCAAAGAUAUAAGAAA